AUGACUUAUGCAAGUCGAUCAAUUGAAGGGUUGCUAUUGAUUUUUCUGGAGCAUAUCAACCACCAUCACCGAGCCAACUGGUCCAUCCUCCUCCUCCGCCGCCACCUUCAAGGGUGCCAUCAAGUUAGAGAUACGAUUGACGAUUGGGGAUACAGAUUGACGAUGUUGUAUGAGUAA